AAACACACGUGAAAUUGUUAUUUCUCUACAAACGACUUGAACUGAAAUGUUAAUAAGAUGACAGGCGGCAGCAAGAUAUUCUUACCCACCAGAAGCCUGGGUUACGUUAGCAACCACAUUCCUCUUCAAGUGAGAUAUAUAAAAAGCAGAAAAGAAAACUUAAUAGUAACUUGUGUGGGUAAAUCUUUCCAUACAUAUGGAAUUUCUCACUUUGGUUUGUUGAGUGUGAGUGGUUUGCAUCCUGGAGACAUCUCGUGUAUGACGUCUGAUGCUUUCCAUAUUUAUACGGCUUGUGAAAAUAUAAUUUAUGCAUGGAGGAGAGGCUCGGAAUUGAAACACACUUACAAAGGACACAAAAAGAAUGUACAUUUGAUGAUACCAUUUGGUGCUCAUUUAAUUUCAGUUGAUGAGGAUAGCAAUGUGAAGGUGUGGGAUAUAAAAGAUGAAAGCAUAUAUUUGGAAUUAACAUUUGCCAACAAUAACUUUCACAUAACAACAAUACUACAUCCAAGUACAUAUAUAAAUAAAAUACUGUUUGGAAGUGACAAGGGCACAAUGCAAUUGUGGAAUCUUAACACAAGUAAAUUAAUUUACACAUUUAAAGGAUGGAAUGCUGCAAUUACUUGUCUAGAACAAGCUCCAGCCUUAGAUGUAGUGGCUAUAGGUUUAGUUACAGGCAAAAUUAUAUUGCACAAUCUUAAAUUUGAUGAAACAAUCAUGGAAUUUUCUCAAGAUUGGGGAUUAGUUACAACCAUAUCAUUUAGAACUGAUGGUCAACCCAUAAUGGCAACAGGAAGUGCAAAUGGUAAUAUAGUAUUUUGGAACCUGGAAGAGAGAAAAGUUACAAGCCAAUUACUAAAUGCACAUGAUGCAGCAGUCACUGGAAUGGCAUGUUUGCCCAAUGAGCCUUUGAUUUUGACUUCUUCACCAGAUAAUACUUUAAAACUAUGGAUUUUUGAUAUGACUGAUGGUGGGGCAAGAUUACUCAGAAUAAGAGAAGGUCAUUCUGCUGCACCAUCUUUUAUAAGAUUUCAUGGAGCCAAUGGUCACAACAUUCUUAGUGCUGCUUGGGAUUCAACAUUGCGAAUCUUCAACACCCAAACAGAGCAGUUUAACAAAAGCUUGGGAAAAGCUUCAUACAACAGAAAAAUAAGUAAAAAGCGAGGUAGAGCUGUUGAAGAUCCUUUGCAAAUGCCUGCAAUUAUUCAGUUUACGUCGGAAACAACGCGAGAAAAGGAAUGGGAUAAUAUAGCUGCUAUACAUUUAGGAUUAAAGAUGGUCACAACUUGGUCAUAUGAUAAAAUCAAAAUGGGUGAAUUAAAAUUAGUGCCUGAACGAUUUCAAAAAAAGAAUAUUGAUGUAAAUUUGGAUGUAGUAGCCACAUGCCUGUGUCUUAGUCACUGUGGAAAUUUUGUAAUUAUAGGAUACUCCACUGGGCAUGUUGACAGGUUUAACAUGCAAUCUGGUAUAUGGAGAGAUAGUUAUGGGGAAAAAAAAGCUCAUGAAUGUCCCGUGAGAGGUGUGGCAUCUGACUCACUAAAUCAAAUAGUGAUUACUGGAGGCAGUGACUGCCAAGUUAAAUUUUUUACAUUUAAAAAUAAAGGUAAGAAAUGUUUCAACAAUCUGACAUUGGAAGAACCUGUGAAAUUUUUCCGAUCCCAUCAUGAAAGUUCAAUGUUGGCAAUCGCCUUAGAGGAUUACAGUUUGUACAUAAUUGACAUUGAAACCCGAAAAUUGGUUCGAAAAUUCAUUGGGCACACAGGAGAGAUUACUGAUGCUUGUUUUAGCCCUGAUUCCAGGUGGCUAGUUUCAUCAUCAAUGGAUUGUACAAUCAAAACUUGGGAUAUUCCAUCUGGUCAAUUAGUAGAUCAAUUUGCUACUACAGCAGCUUGUACGUCUUUAAACAUUUCGCCUACUGGUGAAGCUCUUGUGACUGCACAUGUAGACUACAAAGGAUUAUUUUUAUGGACAAACAGGACUUUGUAUACCAAAGUUACUCUUAAAGCACUGGACCCUCAGGAUGAAGCUCCUUUAGCUGCCUUACCUGAAUGUAGGCAGGAGUAUGAAGAAGUUAAGGAAGAUAUAGUUGAAGAUGAACCUGAAUUCAAAUCUCCUGAACAAGUCAGUAAAGAACUGAUUACAUUAUCUGGAUUGUCUACUUCAAGAUGGCAGAACUUACUAAACAUAGAUGUCAUAAAGCAAAAGAAUAAACCAAAACAACCUCCAAAAGCCCCUAAGGCAGCCCCAUUCUUCCUUCCUACAGUAGCUUCUUUAGAUUUCCAAUUUGAUCUUUCAAAUGUAGAAGGAACAGAAUCUGGUAGCAAACUUUUAGCUCCAACUUCAUUGUUAAAUUUAUCUCAAUUUGGAAAACUAUUAUCAGAAACAAAAGAAUCUGGGGAUUUCCUACCAGUUAUUGAAAAAUUAAAAUCUCUUGGACCAUCUAUGAUUGAUUUUGAAAUAAAAUCAUUAUCACCUGAAGGAGGGGGAUCUGUGGAAGUCAUGUUACAAUUUUUAAAAUGUAUUGAAUUUAUGCUUAAAUCAAAUAAGGACUUUGAAUUGGCUGAAGCAUAUCUGAGUGUCUUUUUAAGGAGUCAUGGCACUGUAAUAGCCACAGAAGAAAGUCUGAGAUGUUAUUUACCUAAUAUACAGAGUUGUCACGCAGUUGCGUGGAGUCGCUUACAAGAAAAAUUGUUAUAUACAGUUUGUGUUGUGCAGAAUUUAAAAACCAUGUAAAAUACAUUUUUAUAAC